UUCAAACGGCAAUCACAAACCUAAACUAACCGAUCCGCUAUCAGAGAGCUGUCGAUUACUAUAUUAUAGUUGUGCCUCUUCAACUUACGUCGAAUUUGUAGGGAAUAACAUGGAUUUGGACUCGCUAAAAUAUGCGGAAUUGCAGCGCCUUGCUAAAGAAGUGGGACUUAAAGCGAAUAUGAAGGCUGAACGGCUGUUGAAGGCUUUAAAAGAACACUUUCCACAACAGCAGCUUUCUGAGAACGGCAAUGACGCAGCCGCUACGGACGCGCACACUGCAACAUAUGUGACCGAGCGCAGAGGAAAGGGCCACACUGCCAAGAGGAAGCUCAGUGACCCAGCACCGGCCAUUUCUCCGAUUGAAGAAAAAACACCACAAGAUGAGGGUCGAAGGGGCUCCAAGAGAAGAAAGGUGUCUUCAGCCAAGGAUACACAGACUCCAGUUCCAGCUGAAACUUUUGCUAAAGAGGAUACUGGGGAAGAAGUUGUAGAAUCUGUGGAUCCAGAUUCUGACAAUAUUCCAACAGAAACAAGUGUGAAAGGGAGAAGAACUGUUGGUAAAAUUCCCCGUCAUGAAGGUCUGAUGAAGAGAAAACCUGCGCUGCGGCCGACAACUCCUAACUUCAAGAAACUCCACGAGGCUCACUUCAAAAAGAUGGAGUCCAUCGAUUCGUACGUCCAGAGAAAGAACAAACAAAUGGAAGUGCUCAGGAAUUCAGUUAAAGAGCUGAAGACCCUGUCAGAAAAGACACUGAAGAAACCUGAGACAAAGGCUCAAACUAAAGUGUCUGCUAGCCGAGCUUCUCUCUUCAGUCCUGCAGUGCAGAAGACAGCAGUGCCAGAAAGACGCAGACUCACUCAGCAGCCUAUCAGCAAGUCCGCUUUAAAGGACACUGCCACCUUCAGGCCAACUGUCCUCACCACCAAUAAAAUCAAUGUCCGGUUUUCACAAGCCACUCAAGAUAAUGAAUACAAGCGUUCAUUGGUGAAGACUCCGGCUCGUAUGUCUCCUCGCAUGCCUCUCACCUCCACUCCAGGGAGAAAAUCUGAUGUUCGUUCUAAAGCUGAACUUAACAAAAGUGCUGGCACCAUCAAUAAAACACCCGGGGCUACUCCAUUUGUUUUUAAUGGCAACAACAGCAUUUCCACCACACCUGGCACCACCAAGAAGAACACAUUUGACCUGAAGGCCAGUCUCUCUCGUCCACUGACCUACAAACCGCACAAAGGAAAACUAAAGCCUUUUGCAGAUGCACAGGAGAAUACUGCACUUAACAAAUCCCAGACUGUUCCUUCACAUCAGAAAAACUACAAACAGCACCAGGUUCAAACCAGAGAGGAACGACGUGUCAAGCACACAGAAGACCGAAAGCAGAAGAAAGAGAAGAUGUUGGGUGCCAGGCGAGGUUUGGUUAUGGCCUAACUUGCAGUGUUUUUACUACUUUUACUUUGACACUCACUGUACAUGUUUAGCUUUCCUCUCAUUUAUCUGUUUUAUUCCAGACUAUUGUACAUUUUUGCUCUUUCUAAAUAUUUGUUCUUUGCUAACUCUUGUCGUCAUUCUACUUAAGUCUUUUAGCCUUUCUAGACAAGGUGUUUUUGAUCAUUUUUU